AGCACAGGCUUCAGAUAAGCAAUCAAGUGCUUCCUCCACUGAUCUACACAGCCUUCCACUGACAAAGGUUUCCUAUCUGCAUUUGGCUUGCAUAAUUAAUAUUUGUGGAAUUGAAUUGAACUGAGUUGAGCAAAUAUUCUUCAUCACAUUUCACUUCAUUCAACAGGACACUGAUUCAUUUCUAUUCUUUGGAUGAAAACCAUGCUUACAUUUAUCGUGAUGAGUAUGUUGAUGUUGCCAAUUGUUGGUGGACAAGCUGGGGAUACACCUGACCUUCCAUCAGAAACAACUCAAGGAUUUCCAAGAAAUAUAAAUAACAUCACAUUCUUCAAUGGAGCAUUUAAAGAUGUAGAAAGUGUAACAUUAUUUUUUGACUGCUUGGGCUCCCAUUUUACCUGGCUGCAGGCCAUCUUCACGAACUUCCCCGCCUUGUUCCAUUUUGUGAACAAGUUGAAGUGUGUGGCUGGCCUCUGUCCCAAGGACUUUGAAGACUAUGGCUGUGCCUGCCGGUUUGAAAUGGAGGGGGAACCCAUAGAUGAGACUGACAGUUGUUGUUUCCAGCACCGAAAAUGUUAUGAAGAUGCUGCUGAAUUGGAGUGCACCCAAGACUUAAUCAGAGUUUCCACUGAUGUUACUUGUAGCAAUCAAAACAUGACUUGUGAGUCCAAGGAUCUUUGUGAAAAUCUUCUAUGCAAUUGUGAUAAAACUGCCAUUGAGUGUUUUCUUCAUUCACAUAUCAACUCUUCCCUCAAUGGGCUUGACAUUGCCCUCUGCAUCCCCACAGUCACAGAUAUGAACAGCAAGGAAGAGACCAUGGCCCUCCCAACUGACCUCACACCUAAAGUUCCUACAGACAGCAGCUUGAAGGAUUCCUCUGUGGAAGCUAUUGUCAGAGGCCAUGAAGGCACAAUACAUCCAGAUACUGUAGCAGUGAAAGGACCCAUACAGCCUGUUUCCAUAAUGAAAGGAGUAACAAUUGCUCUGUCUGGUCUUAAACCUGUGGAGUCAGAUGUACAAGCUUCCCAACUGAUCCCUAAGGAGACAACAGGAAAAGAUUGUGACAGAUUCACCUUGGUGCAACUGGGAGAAAGUGGAGAAGUCAAGCACGAGAUGCCCCAGAUUGGAGAAAUGCUCUAUUGUCUGACAGCUCGGUGCCCAGAGGACUUUGAAUCUUAUGGUUGUUAUUGUGGUCAAGAAGGAAGGGGAGACCCUGUUGAUCCCUUAGAUAGAUGUUGCUUUUCACAUCAUUGUUGCUUAGAACAAGUGAAGAAAUUUGGCUGUGAUUUAGACAGAAGUUCAGGAUCCAAAGUGACAUGUGAGGAUCGCAAAGCAAAAUGUAAAGGGCAGAGUCUGUGUGAGAAGCUUCUGUGCUCCUGUGAUCAGACGGCUGCGGAGUGUAUGGCUGCUGCUGCAUUCAAUGAAAGUCUCAGAUUCUGGAGCAGAUCCAAAUGCCAGGACAAUGGAACACUAUGUGAAAACAGUAACCAUGAAUGGCCUUUGGCUCCUACUGGUUUAGGGACGAGGAGCUCAAGCUCUGAUGAGAACAGCAGUGAAGAGUCUAUUGCCUCCCAUGUGAGGGGUUUCAGAAGAAAGGAAAGAUUUUUGGGAAAGCUAUUUGGCAAUGCUGAUUCCAGAGCAGCCCAAGGACAAUAAUGUCAGAUGCCUUUUUAGUGAGAGAUACCAAAAGCAGGAGUUCUAGAUCUAUAUUGUUCCAAAUUUUAGCUUUCUGAAGCCUUGGGUGCUUCAUCAUCCUAAUCAUCAUAAUGAUGAUCUUCUACCUUUCUCUCCACAGGUGUGAUGGGAAGAUUGAAUAAAUAAAGAAGGCACUUUGCAAGUUAGGAGUCUUACACACAGAAAAGGCAUUAUUAUUGUCAUACUUGUUAGAAUGCAAAAUCAGAGGGGUCUGGAUACAGUUUUCUGAUUUGUACUGCAUGCAUUGUAUUAUGGAAAUUAAAUAAACAUUCAAAUUA